CUUUGCAUGUUAAUAACGGUAUUCGCCUCAAAAGGAGAAAUUUUUCAAAAGCGUUCGAUUUUAACAAACGCGGAACGCGACCGGUAUACAAUAGAGCUAAUAAUCGUUUCCUAACACGUAUAUUAGUCACGGAUAUUCGUUUAACUACUGAAAACAAUGUAGAACUUUCAUCUGUACAAUCUAUGGGUUUCUAUGACCGACUGUGUGUAUUACACCUUAUUUAUUUACGAGACGUCAAACUGGCCAGUUCAGUUCGAAUUUCAAAAUUAAAAAAGUAAGCCGUGCACUGGCUGUUUAGAAGUUCCUUCGCGAUUUAAAAAGUAAAAGCCCGGGUCAUUUACAAAGUUAUAAUAUUUUGAGGUUAAAAAUAACAAUGUUGAAAGCGAUUAUAUUUUUUUCUGCGUUACUGGUGUGUUGCUACUGUGAAGAUAAUUCGUUGAUAGACGAAGCGAGGGCAAAAAAGAAGAAAAGUGUAGCUCGUCUCUGGAUAAUGAUCAUCCUCUUCAUCUUCUCAAAAGUGGCUAUCCUCAAAAUCGUCUCGGUGUUCCUGUUCAUGGCCUUCUUUCAGAAGUUCUGCUACAUCAUCGGCCUCCUCAUCAGCUACUUCAUGAAGAACCGCGAGGCCAUGAGGCCUGUGGCCUCCCCGUCUACCCUGUACGGACCCCCGGCCGACUAUAACACUAUAGGGUACAGCUACGGACCCCCUGAGAGCGAACCGUUCACGAACCAUGGGAAUCCCGGUUCCGGGUUUCCGGAUUUGGGAAACUUUAAUUGGCCAUUCAAGAGGAAUUAG